AGGCUUGUCCGUGAAGUCGCCCAAGACUUCAAGACUGAUCUGAGGUUUCAGAGUAGCGCCGUAAUGGCUCUACAAGAGGCUGCCGAAGCCUAUCUUGUGGGUCUCUUCGAAGAUACCAACCUCUGUGCCAUCCAUGCUAAGCGUGUAACUAUCAUGCCUAAGGAUAUGCAGCUCGCCAGGAGGAUCCGUGGCGAGAGAUCGUAA